AUGGAGAUCGCCUAUCCAAGGGAGGAGAAAAUACAUCAUGUCAAAACUGGAGAAAAAACUCUUUCACAGACUGAAAGUAUUUCUUUAUUGAAAAGAAGAGACAAUAAAAGUUUCACCUGCACUCAGUGUGGAAAGAGUUUGACAUGCAAACAGAGUCUCAAGAUUCACAUGAACAUCCACACUGGAGAGAAACCAUACAGAUGUGAUCAGUGCGGGAAGAGAUUCGCACAAUCUUCAAGCCUUAAGAUGCACAUGAACAUCCACACUGAAAAGAAACUGCACGGAUGUGAUCAAUGUGGAAAAACAUUUGCAUGGGCUUCAGGCUUGAGUAGACAUCUGAAUGUUCAUUUAAAGGAGAAGCCACAUUCCUGUUCUUUCUGUGGAAAGAGUUUUUCACAACUGCAGUAUUUAAGAUACCAUCAGAAGAGACACAGUGGUGUGAGAGAAUAUAUGUGCUUUGAGUGUGAGAAGACUUUUAUUACGGAUACAGAACUGAAGCAGCACCAGAGGAUCCAUACUGGAGAGAAACCUUACAAGUGUUCACACUGCGACAAGACAUUCAUUGAGUUAGGACAGCUAAAUUCACAUGAGAGGAUUCACUCUGGUGAGAAACCGUACCACUGUCUUAUGUCUUCCCUACAGAGACAUACAAUAAACCACAAUAACUAGUUCAUCUUCUUUCAAGUGCGACAUUGCAUCUCUUCUGUAUUAACCUGUCAUAAGCAGCCACAACAAGUGACAUAAUAACAAGAUCACAAUAAGUUAUAUAGUAUCAGGACCACUGCUUUCAAGUGCUAGAUCACUUCCAUAUUAAUCUCUCUCUUAAACCGCAC